GUAUUUCCGUGUUGUGACUUUCGUUGCUUUGAUAAAGGUUGCAAAGGGAUCGCUGCGCUCCUGAUCGGCAGAGACGAGCAGAAACCAACGUUAGCCGGGACCUGCCUUUCUGCACCCCUGCCUCUCGUGAAGAGUUUUUUAAGGGUGUUUUGUGGGUGUUUUUUAAUGUGCGUGUUCUGUCUCGAUCUGAAUUAUCCGAGCCCUGGAGAUCCGAGAAAAUUGGCUAAAAGAAGACAGAGCGGGAAUGGCAAGAUGAGAUGUGCCGUGUUCUUCUUACUCGGCUUUAGCUUUUAACCCUUGUAGUGCUUUCCAGUGGAAAAGCUCUCCAGGCCAGCGAGCACCAGGAACUGGAUGUAACAGCCGGGUCGCCGUUGCGGUCUAUUGUCGGGUGGUGUCUAUUUGUGUGAGGGACGGUAUGAAUUACAGAGAAAUAAUGCACUCAGUUGGCUGCAGUAAUACUAGCUGCUGUCAGUCUGUGAAGGAGGUGAAUCUUGGUGCGGAUGAUGCGAGUAGCGAUGACCAAUUUGACUUGUGUUCUUCUCAACCGGACAAACUUUAUGGGAACAGCUACAAGCCAAUAAGCUGCAUUAAACAAGAGUCGCUGGAGGAACCGAAUUCGCAAAUAGAUGUUGAAAUAAACGCAGAAGCCCAGGAUGAUAUGAAACGAAGGAAAAACAUUUUCCGAGCAGGGAAACGAGGAAGACCUUCAGGGACGACAAAAGCUGCUGGGUACAGAACCAGUACAGGCCGACCUCUGGGAACAACAAAAGCAGCUGGGUUUAAGACCAGCCCAGGCAGGCCCUUGGGCACAACCAAGGCAGCGGGAUACCGCGUCAGCCCAGGGAGGCCGCCAGGUACCAUGAAAACUCUCUCCCACAUAUCAGGUUUCGAUUUCCCAUCAGGCAGUAGUGUUACUUUUAGCUAUUCAAUGGUCCAUAAAAAGCAUUACGUGGACCGUCCCACAAGUAGAAACACGGAGCUGAAUCAGUAAAUCACCUGCUUUGUUUUUCUAUAAUCUGUUUGUUCCUUGACAAAGUAGGAUAACUUUUUAUACAACAUAUUGAUACUAUACAAUUAUAACCAACUUGUUGAACAGCUUAGAGGUUGUGGAAUCUAGGCUCUAAAAUAGAACGAACUGCCUUUGGAAAAUUAUACCUAUUAGUUACAAUAUUUCUUUGAUACUGGUUUUGCUGCAAACUACAGUAUCAUUUUGAAUGAUUUAUUCGCUAGGGUCCAGUUUCAAACAUGAUUUCCACUUUACGAGAAGGCUGUACAUACUUGAGUAGUAGGAAAAAUAAAGAGGGAAAGCUGGACAUCCUGGGAUCUGCUGUAGUUCAAAGUAUAUAUAGUUCUACCUGAUUAGUUUUGGCCUUGUUGCAAUUAAUAAUUGCCAAGGCAACCAUACUGAAUUUUCCUUAUAUUAUACACUUAGUUGUGGGAAAAUGAAUGUGAAUGAUUAUAAGAAGAAUUGAUGCAUGCAGGUGUAACUAUGAUGGCACUCAUGAGCUACUUUGACUGCUGAAGUGCAAUUUUCAAUUAUUUGUAUUAUUUUAAUUACACUAUUUUUGCCUUUGGGAAAUUUGAGAAAGGAUAGGGCAUUAGUUUCCACAAAGACGUCUUAAAGGUGUUCAGCUGAAAACAGCAGUGAGCUGAUGCGGACUGUCUUAUAGAGGUAAGCUUAUGAAUGAAGAAGCUGCUAUGAAGGGUGUGCACAGCUGUACUUCAUGAAAAAUAAUUAUCACUGAGUUUAGUUACUGUUCUUAAGUGAUGAUUAUUGACAUGGCAUAGAACUUUGUAUGACAACCUGUGCUUUACAAAAGCCUUGCUGGUAACCAUAAUCUUUAUUUCCCCAUGAUUACAAGAUGCUGUAAGUCACUCAGUCUGGCUUUCGAAGCAUUUUUAGGAGUGCUGCUACACAUACUGUAUUUUUGGUGUUCAGUCGAUCUAAUGUGAAUCCUGCAGGGGCUGAAGUUAGAUAUCACAUGAUCUGAUUCUCAACUUUUGUGAAUUAACUACUGGAACAUCUUAGGAUUUAUUUUUAAAGUAACGUAAUUGUUAAUAGAAGCCAGACGUUUACUCUCUUUCUUGAGAUACACUGCAGUAGAAUGGAGAGAAAUACCUGGUUAGUUAAAUGGAAUAACGGAUUUCUGAGGAUUUUGAUGCAGGAUUGAUCAAAGCAACAAAAGCAGCUUUUCAGAAAGGUUGACUUUAUGUGCGUGGAAUUCAAUUCUUGGAUGAUCUUCCACAACUGAGGCAGAAGCACUGCAAAGUAAAAAUAAUGCCUAAACUGUGAAAUUGUUGUAAAUGUCAUGUAAUAAGUUACAAAUUUUCACUUAGAAAUGCUACUCCUGUUAAAUUUUUAAUGUGGGCUCCAAUUUUAAUUUAGGUACUCAGAAGCUUGAGAAGAGAGACCAUUGUAACAGAGUUGUGGUUACACUGAAGCCAGUUAUUCAUUGGUUCUGCCACUUCCACUCAAAUUUCACUAGUAGAAUGUUAAUGAAUGUUUUUUGUGACUUGCAUGCUUGUAAGACAACAAAAUAAUCAUUAACAUUUUACUAUGAAUGCCAUCUCCUUCGGUUGAGGUGGCUAUUACAAUCUCCAACAAGCUAACUGUAGUGUUGUUUGGCCUGGGACUUUUUAGAUGUCAGUCUUAAAAUUGUGACAACUAGUUAAUCAUUCAUUGGUACUGCAUCAUAAUUAAUGUGUUUUGUAAAAUAAAAUCUUAUUUGCAUGGCAUUCUGUGUCUGAAAUGCAUUUAAAAACAAAUGCAAUGUAAUAUGAAGCCUAUUUUUGCAAAGCUAUACAAUAUUUCUCUAUUUCUCUCUAUUAGUAUUUAACAGGCAAAAGCAAGAUCGAAGAAAAACUCAACAGCCAGAGAGUUGAGCACUGUACUUAACGCUUCUGCUUAAUCACAAUUGGACAUACAAAAGAUUAAAAAAAAGACAACUACACGAAUCGUUCCUAGAAAGGCAGGUUUUCCACAUUUAUUAAAUAUACUACUGUAAUGAUAACACUGGUUUCAUCAGAAGUAUUCCAUUGUAUAUGUAUGUCUUUAAGGUUUAAUUACAUAUUUGUAGCAUCCAUUGUGGCUGACUGUCAUCACUAAUCCAACACUUGAGAUAUAAUCUACUUUCAAGAAUAUACCUCAGACUGUUUUGCAUUGCCAGCAUUCCUAAACUGGACACUAGUUAUCUGUUCCAUAAUAGAACCAUUUUUCUUUUCAGAAAUCCUUGCAGACAUGUUUUAAAUGGACUUAAAAGUGAAAUGUAUCCAAGACUGAUACAGUAAUAACUGCUUCAGAACUGUACAUGUGUGAUGCUUAGAGCAAUGCUGCUGCUCAAUAUUUUAAGUUGGCAAGCAGAUCGUCUUUCAUAGAUGCUGCAUUUUACGGAUUUAAUUAAUGUCUGCCAGCAGAUACUGCUACAAGUCUUGGAGAUCACUACUCUUGAAGAAUCCUCAGCUGUAGGGUGCCUCUGUUCUGAACACCUCUGUUACAUGUUGACAAAACUGCAUGCUUCAGAUUUGUUGCUACUUGUGAUGCCAUAUUGUACACACAAUUGCUGCAUCAAAAUGCUUGUAUGUAACGGACAAAGUUUGUACAAUGUAUGAUAAAACUUUUUUUUUAGUAUUUUGUGCAUGUUAUUUUAGAUGGGAAAUUUACUCUGAAGGACCUUUGUUUAUGGCUUAGUGGGUAAAUGGAUCACAUAUUGUGGUUAUAGACUAGGACAUUGUCCAGAUUAGUCCUUGCUCUUUGCUAAGUUUCCUAAUUUCAGUCAUGAUAUGGACACGGUUGUGUUUCACUAUGAUAUUCUCAAUUGGUAAUCCUCCAGUUGACAAUUUGUCUAUAACAGGCUUUGAAUGUGGAAUAUGACUCAUGGAGGGAAUAAAUGAAGCAUGGUCACUUAGAAUAGUAGCAUUUUACACCAAAGAAAAUAGCUUGUUAUCCCUGUGCUGGAUCCCAGAUUAUUUUUUAAUAUCCUGACCUUGACCAUCACAUGCAGAAUUUCCUUUCCAGCGAGAGAAUUUAUUCUCUCAUGGGCAACUGUAAUAUAUUUAGAAAUGCCCAUUAUGGACAAAAAUAAGAAAAAUCCGUGGAGCAUAAAUUCUUUUCUAAAGUCAUUAUGUGUGGAACAGGUCAAAGUUUAGAAAAUUUCUGAAUCAUUUCCCUUAUUUUCUAGAUAACCUGAAAGGAUGUAUUGAAAUGUGUUGUUCCCCUAUUUUUACAGUGAUAGUCACUAAACUACAGUAGUCAAUGGAUCUGAACCACAUAGUGCAUGGAGAGGCCUGGUUUUGUUACUCUCUCCUGCAGUAAAAUUACGUCCCAGUAAUAGUUUGGUUUUGAGGUAAGCAAAGGACACUGAGGAGUGUCCACUGGCUCUGCUUAUCUCUACAAAUCCUGUGCACCCAGUGACCAGUUUUCUUGUGUGCUUGGCACUUGUGUGCAGUUUCUCACCAUAUCAUUCACUAAUUGGUUGAAAUUAUUUCCUGUCCUCCUACCAGAAGUUUAGUUUUUGAUGUUCUGGGCAUCAUAACCUGCCUUCAAAAUUCAUUUUGGGAAUACCUAUGUGUUGUGAUUUGUCAGGGAUCGUAGCAAGAAUUUUGUUGCACAUGUAAAAGGAAAAUAAUAUAUCUUGUUUUCUCAAUGAUAGGGAAACAAAGUUUGUCACAAGGGAACGUUGCUUUGGCAAAUACAUUUUUGGUCAAAGUGGAAACCUUAUGGAUUACUAGACUGUGUGCACAAUGUUUUUUUUCUGGAGUGACAACAUUUGAAAAGAAAUGGAGAGAAAUGUUGAUCCACCGAUCAUUUUUCUGUAUGAGUAUAAAAGUUCAUAUCUGCCGGAACUAAUACUGAUAGAAAGUCAAUUUAUUUUAAAAUUUAUUUUGUUAUGCAAUAUUAUUUAAAAAUAUUAGUUUGCCUUACUGUAUAUAAAAGUGAAAAAAAUUGCUGAAUUACUUCCCAAAGUUAUACUUUUCCUUGAUAAUUUACUUCUCUUCAGGAAAAUAGACAGCUAGUUAGUGCUGCAGCUGUGGAUUCCAGUUAAUUGGGACACAUCGGGACCUGUUCGUUUUGGCUCAUUUGAGCAGCUACCCCAGUUAGCUGAUUUCAUGGAAGAGGUAUAAAAAAAAUAAACUACCAUUUAACAGAUUAUGUAUUUAAAUGGAAUACAGAACAAACUAGAACACUUUGUAUUAUUUCCUAGUGGUUGUGUGCUGCCAUGUUCUUUUAAUUGACUGCAAGUGAGCAAAAUCAGCGCAGACGCCUAGUGUAGAAUAAUGGACAGCUUUUUUGCAAUGAUAUCAAUGAUUGCAUCCUCCAAAUCUUCAUUUUCUUUGUAACAUUCAAGAUGAUUGUGAUUACCUUCAAAUUCUUUGUAGGUCCUAACUUGUUGAAGUAGUAAAAUUGUUUAAUUUUCACUCUUAGCUCUUUCUAGAAUUUCCAAACCUCAGUGCUUGAAAUCACAGUGAGCAAACAGUUCUAAAUUGUCUCACUGUUUACUUCUUGCCAAUUAUCAGUUACAAAAAUGACUGCUUUUUGAACACAAAAACACACAAAAGACACUACUUAAAAACUGUUGCUUUAAGCGAGGCAUAGUAUCUGACGAUCACAUAAGUUCAUGCGACUGACGCUAGUUAGAAACUUUGCGGUGACAGUCUCCUGCCCCAUUUGAAUGGCAUAGUGUUCCAUAUAAACAAAGGGAAUCCCAGUUAUUUUCUCGAUUCAUUUUUGUUCCAGAUAAGUAGCUGUCCCAAUUAAUCAUAGCCCAAUUAACUGGAAUCUACUGUACUUAUAUUUGCUGCUGAUUGCAGGAAUUCAGUUCCAUUUCCUUUCAGAUUUGGAACUCUGCUGCUAAUUGUCGGGGGUUCCAAUUGCAGUUACUAAUGCAGACCAAGUGAUAUCUUGUGAAGAAUGUUCUUAAAUGUUGAAAUGCACCAAGGUAUUGCAGCAAUUUGACAAUAAUUCCUUGUCUCUACAGACACUUUCAACAACAAAAGAAACCACCUUGCUUCCUUGUUUUCAUGGAUGAUAUAUAAAUGUUAUAGCAUUAGGAAUUUUUUGAUUAUAUGAUAGAACUUACUUUUCUAUUACUGUUCUUGGAUGAGAAACUGGUGAAACAGCAGUUAUUGUAGUCAAGUUUUUGGUUAGUUCUAAAGUGAUCUACUUAGGAAAUUGCUCUUUGUGCUUUAGGUCAAAAUAUAUUUUUUUAGGCCUUUUGAUCUAAAAUUAGUUCUGAUUAAACAUUAUUGGUUUUCAACUCAAGAAUUAAUGGUCUCUGCAUAACAGAGAAAGCUGUAUUUUUAUUUUUAUCCCCCUCACUCGAAUCUUUAAAUAAAGGACUGUAUUAAAAUCAGAAGUGGUACAUUACAGUUUUUCAUUCAAAUAUUGUCUUUUUAAAGAAUUUUAAAUUGCAAUCUUAUAGUGUGCUACUAAUUAUUUUUGUAGGUAAUCCAUUGUUUUCUCCUCCUUCAUCCAUACACAAAUAAAAUUAUACAAAAACUUGUAUUUCAGUUCUCACAUCACUGUUUAUCUUUCAGGUGCAUUCUGCCAUUUCUGAUACUGUUAAUGUGGGGAGAAAAACACAUUUUAAACAGUUGGUUCACUUGUUAACAAAUGGAGUGCAUGGUUCUUUUUAAAAGUGAUGCUGACUCUGCAUCUGUGGAAAGUUGCCAGCUUAAACCUGGCACUUUAGAGGUGAGGAGGGCACACUUGGAGGUAUAGUCAUGUAUGUUUGCUUUUGUGACAGUUAUGAUAAUGAAAACCUUUAUCAACAAAUAUCUCAGAUCAUAUGUCCAUCCAAAGCUCUCAGAUCAUAUCAGGAAAUACAGAAAUGUCUGCCUUAACUUUCUUUUAUCUGUAGUUUCAAUUGUUUAUUCUCCCAUAUUGUAUAGCUAUUAUUAAUAUAGAUUUUUACUGACCUCCUGAUAUGUAGUGACCUAAUUUUUUUUCUUCUGAGUUGAGAAUUUGCAAUUUCAAGAAUUUUGAAACUGAAUCAAUAUGCAAAACAUUGGCUUAUUUAUUCCUAAAUGUAAAGAUGUGUAGAAAUUAUUCACAAGUUUUAAUAUAUUUAAAAUAUAUUUUACUUUCUAAAUUCACUGACUACUUACUGUAUUUUUGUCAUAAUUUAAUAUUUCUCUUAUUCUUCAUAUUCCCUUUUUAUACAUCUUCCACUGCACGUGAAUAUUUUCCUGCCUUUUUUGGUGGCAAUAACAAAAUAGGAUGAAAGUAUAGUCUACUAAUAGUAGCAAUUCUUGAUAUAAGUUGUAUUUAUGUAGGGGCACAAUAUUUACAUUUUAUUCCUCUUGAAUAAUAUUGUACUUUUUGCACCUUUUUAAUUGGAUUAUCCACAGAUCUAAAUAAAUUGCUUCUGGAUUUCUCUCUGAUAUGAUUUUGCAUUCCUGUGCUUUUAUAAACCCACCUAUCUAAAGAAAGAUGCAAUUCCACAGGAGGGAAUUCACCAGACUGUUUGUCCUAUUGUGCAAUGUUAAACAGGAUGACACUCAGAGUUUAGGAGAAGAGGUGAUCAUAUAAAGGGUUUGACUGAGACUCUAGAACCAGAAGGUAUUGGUUCAAAAUAAGGGGAAAUUCAUUUAUGACCUUAAUGAAAACUUUUUUUUGUUAUAAGGUUGCAAGUCUUUACAACUCUUUUUCACAGAGAUAAGGGCAGUACCAUUUUGCAUAAUUUUAAGACUUAAUUUAGAUUCCUGAUAAAGAAUGGGUAAAGGCAAAAGAAAAAUGGACUUGGGGAAUGUCUGAUCCUUUCUGAAUGGUAUUGCAGACUCAAGGCAAGAGUCUCCUAUUUGUGGUCUGUGGCAGAGAAUUAUUGAAUCAUCCAUCAUAGAGGGAAAACAUUGAGCCUAUAUGUGUCUGUAUCUGCUCAUUGAAUUAGUUUCAAUUAAUCUUGCUCUUCUGUUCUAUCCCUGCCUUUCCUCAGGUUCAUUUUUGUUUACUCAGUUUUCUGGUCACCUACAUUCCUACCAAUAGAAAGUUUCCUGAACUCUUUAAUCAAAGUCCCUAAAAACUGCUGUAUCGCAUUCAGAGCUGACUGUUAUGCCAUAAAAUAGAAUACUUACUGUGCCACCAAAUAACACAGAAGUCUCUCUGGCUGUGUUAACAAUGCCCUUGAAGAAAUUAAUUCUCAUGAUCAGUGCUAGCUGGAUGAGUCAACAGAAAGCUGAGCAAACUUGGUGCAUUCUCUCAGGAGCCCUAUGUAACUUACUUCCCACCAUUUCAUGGAAAGUUUGCAGUUGUUCCAGAGCAAUUAUCAACCAGUUUUAAACAUAUUUUCAUGAUGUCUUUUGAGUGUCCUAGAUCAGCCAAAAUGUUGAUCAAAUUAAGUCAUACUUUAUUUAUAUACUACAUAGACAGAUUAAUUUGAGCAAAUACUACCAGCAACUGUAUAUGCAGCACAUUUCUCCUGACACCCAAUCUGCCUAUGAUAGAUCUUUCUUUCCUUUCUUUCCUUCCAGCCAUCUUUUUAGGGUCAUACCUUUCUGGAUAUCUAGACAACUUGAGGUACAAACAAAAUAAAAACUAUAUACUUAAUAGGAAGAAGAAUGAUGUCAGCAAGGAGGACAAAAAUAAAAAAGCAAAUUGAAAUAAUACACUAUACAUAUACAUUAUACUGCUGGGUCCUUUCCAUGAACUCCUAGUUACUGCUCUCUAGCAACCAUAAAACUCCUUAUUUUAAGCAAGUUUUAUUUGUUUGAUAUCCUAUUCAUGAAAAAUUCCUCCCUUGCCUCAUUUUUCUUUAAUCAUAUUACUAGUUAUUUUUCUGAUGUCAUUAUACUAUAAAUGAAAUAGUUUGUUCUCAUUAUAAUCAGGCAGGAAGUACAGGAGCCUAUGCUCAACAUUUCAGGAACAGCUUCCUCCCUGUUGCCAGUAGAUUUUUGCAUGGUCCAUGAACACUAAUUAUUAUUCUUUGCCACUAUUUAUUUAUUUAUUAGUAAUUUAUAGCAAUUUUUAUGUCUUGCACUGCUGUGGCAGAACAACACAUUUCACUGUGUAUUUCAAUGAUAAUAAACUUGACUCUGGUUGUCCUUUAAGACCCCCUUAAUAUCCUGAUGAUGGGAUGUCUUGUUGACUGUUUACUCUUUUCCAGGGAUUGCCUGUCCUGCUGAGUUCCUCCAGCAUUUUGUAUGUUCCCGCAUCUGCAGAUUUUCUUGUGUUUGUUAAUAUUUAGCUUAUUGUCUCUCACUAUGACCUUUUAUUAACCUGGUAUCAAAUUUUAUUUGUUAUUUUAUGAAAUGUCUUGUAAAGUUUUACUCUGUAAAUUCCAUUAUGUAAAUGUAUGUUAGAUUUUUUUUGUUACACCAAUACACAGGAACCCAAUGAUCACAUCUGAGUUUAAAAUAAUUCCAGUUAAACUGAACUAAGUAUCUGCCCAUUCCUCUUGGAGUAUAAAUGAGUGACAGCAGCUCACUUUUCGUUGCUACUUUAAUUUUUAAAAAUGAAUAAAGCUGUUUAGCAUAAGGUGUACAUGAAUUCAAAGCAGUGAAUGGAAGAGAACAGGGCUUGUCCUUGCUCAAUAUCCAGCUAUUGAUGAUAGCCUAAAGAGAAGUAACAAAAAUCUUUCUCAUAAACCAUCACCACCUUCCCAAAGUUGUACUUUUCUCAUCCUCCAAUCCUGUUGUCACUUACAUGUGACAUGAUGCUUAGAUUUGUAGAAACAUGAGAUUAUAGAUGCUGCAGUCUGGAGUCGCACACAAUGCUGGCAAUACUCAGUGGAUGGAAAUGAACAUUUAACAUUCUGGGUUGACACAUCAUCUUACUAGAUCGCGGGGGGGGGGGUCUCGACCCAAAGUGUUUCCUGUCCAUUUCCCUCCAUUGGUGGUGCUUGAUUCACCCUGUUCCUCUGACAUCCUGCGUGAUGCUUAAAUAUGCAAUUGGAUUUCCAGAUUUAAAUGUAACUUCGACUGUAACAUUUGCUUUUGAAGAUGUGGCAGAAGAUGAUAUGACUGAGCUUAUGAUGGCAAUUCAUUUGUGCAUAGUACUUGGUAUUUGAGGCCCUUUUACAGCAUUAAAUGGGAAACAAAUAAUGUACACAACGUACCUGAUAGUUUACAUAAAACAAAACCUAGUGAUCAGACAGAAUUGUGUGGCAUCUGUUGCUUGUUCAUCAACUAAUGGGGAAAUUGAAGGUUUGUAUCUGAAACAGUGUGUUUGACUUCAAGACCCAUCACUUUGUACUUGCUACUUUGUAACUAGUUAUAAUAAAUGAAAUUUUAAAAAUAAUGUUUUUAUUUAAACAGCUUAUUGAAAUGUGUUGUGCAAUCUUAAAAUUUUUACCUACAUUGCUUUACUCUCCAUUGUACAUUGAUUCAUUCUCAAAUAGAUAAGUUGGAGUUUAGAUUUUUUAAAUAUAGCUCAUCAUUUAAUAGAGAUUGAUGUAUUUUGAUAAUGUUAUUCAAGUAGAUUAAAUUACCUGUAAGAAGAUUAGAUUUUCAUUACCUACACAAUUUCUUACCCAGUUUCAUUCCUAAUUGUUUAUUUUCUAACCAUGUCGAGUUAAACGUUGAAGAUUUUGCUUUUCAGUAGUUUUCACCUUUGUUUAUGCCUACUUUAUUUUAUCUUAUUUAUAGACACAUAAAAUGUUUAUUGUGUAUGUUUUAAUCAUUAAAAAUAAUUAUCCUCCUUAUCACAACUUAAUUAAAUUCUCAAUACUGAACACACAGCACAGAUUUAACUGAGACUUAUACAUAUUAUACCUUUUUCUCUUCACCAUCUACACCUCGGACUUCAACUUCAACACAAAGUCUUGCCAUCUUCAGAAGUUUUCUGAUGACUCUCCCAUAGUUGGAUGCAUCAGCAAGGGAGAUGAGGCUGAGUACAGGGCUACGGUGGGAAACUUUGUCACAUGGUGCGAGCAGAAUCAUCUGCAGCUUAAUAUGAAAAAGACUAAGGAGCUGGUGGUGGACCUGAGGAGGGCUAAGGCACCGGUGACCCCUGUUUCCAUCCAAGGGGUCAGUGUGGACAUGGUGGAGGAUUUCAAAUUCCUGCGGAUACGAAUGGACAAUAAACUGGACUGGUCAAAGAACAGUGAGGCUGUCUACAAGAAGGGUCAGAGCCGUUCUUAUUUCCUGAGGAGACUGAGGUCCUUUAACAUCUGCCGGACGAUGCUGAGGACGAGUCUGUGGUGGCCAGUGGUAUCAUGUUUGCUGUUGUGUGCUGGGGCAGCAGGCUGAGGGGUAGCAGACACCAACAGAAUCAACAGACUCAUUCGUAAGGCCAGUGAUGUUGUGGGGGUGGAACUGGACUUUCUGACGGUGGUGUUUGAAAAGAGGAUACUGUCCAAGUUGCAUGCCAUCUUGGACAAUGACUCCCAUCCACUCCAUAAUGUACUGGUUAGGCACAGGAGUACAUUCAGCCAGAGACUCAUUCCACCGAGAUGUAACACUGAGUGUCAUAGGAAGUCAUUCCUACCUGUGGCCAUCAAACUUUACAACUCCUCCCUCCGAGUGUCAGACACGCUGAGCCAAUAGUCUGGUCCUGGACUUGUUUCCACUUGGCAUGAUUAACUUAUUAUUAUUUAAUGAUUUAUGGUUUUAUAUUGCUAUAUUUCUUUGUAACGAAACCCAAUUUCCCUCGGGAUCAAUGAAGUAUGUCUGUCUGUUUAGUUUAGCCAUAGUUGAUGAUAGCAGUGAAUUUGACAUUGAAUAGAUGACAGUAGUUGAAAACAAUGAAGAAUUUAAAGUUCAAAUGAUGUUUUUUGAGAAGUAAAAGUAGGAGCAGGACACGUACGGUAUCGGGUCGGGCACUAAGGAAUGCUGGUGAAUAGAGACUGAAGAGUCCAAGUCUAUUGUUCCCUGAAAGUGGGAACGCAAGUGGAUAGUGUGAGGAAGGCAUGUAGCAUGCUUACCCUCGUAAGUUGGGGCAUGGAAUAUAAGAUGAAUGCAUUAUAGUUUCCGAAUUUAUUUUGUAUUUCUGCUACUAAUAUUUGUUCAAAUCCGAAGUGUAUUUCUCCCAAUGUUUGUCACAGGGAAAAGUUUUUGCAUGCUGAAAGGUAAUAACUUGUUAACAUUGUUUCUCUCUCCCUAGGUAAGUCUGAUCUGCUGAGUAUUUUCAUCAUUUUUUGUUUUAACUUCAAAUUUCCACUGUCUACAAUUCUGCCUUUCAAAUUGUGCAGUUGAGUUAUCUUGUCUACAGCUUAAAAUAUUACUGGUUAAUCGGAGCACCAAGUAGAAAUGGAUUGGUUUGCUUUGUUCAUUAAAUCCUUUUUUCUCAGCCUGAGUAACAUUGUUAGCGCUGACAAUUUCUAACACGCCAUCCUUUUCUGCGCUAAAGAUUCCACAAUGCAUCUUAAGUUUGAUUUCAAAAGAAAUGUAAACAGGAUAAAAAGUGUAAAAUAGGAUAAGAAUUCUUACAGAACACUUAAAAACAUUAGACAUGGCAAUGUGUAGUGUUUUCCUUUAUGGAUGAGUCAAAGAAAGCUAACAUCGAAUAAAUAUCCCAAAGUGCUUUCAACAAA